AUGGGUGAAAUUUGGGGUCUAAUUGGUUCAAAGCUUGCAAGCAUUUUGUUCAUAUGGGCUAUGAUUCAAAGGUAUUGUCCUCAUCAAAUCCAUGCACUCAUAGAAAAACUCUCACAAAAACUAGCCAACUUUUUUUACCCUUAUGUGGAGGUUAAAUUCUUUGAGUACAUUGGUGAUUCCUAUAGAACCAAUGAAGCUUUUACUUUCAUUGAACACUACUUAGAAUCCAAACCAACCAACCAAGCAAAGAAACUCCGAGGCGAAUCUCUCAGAAAGUCUUUCGUUCUCAAAAUGGAUGAAAGACAAGACUUUCAUGAUCAGUUUCAAGGGAUUAACGUUGUUUGGAGUUUAAGAAAGAUUGUUCAAAAAACAAAUUCUGUUUCAUUCUAUCCAGCGGAUGACAAAAGGUAUUACCUUCUAACCUUUCACCGCCGAAACCGUGAUAUCGUCGCAGGAACUUACCUUAACCAUGUUCUUGAACAAGGUAAGGAGGUUGGUUUGAGUAAGAGACAGAGAAAGCUUUACACAAAUUGCACUAGUGAUUCUGAUAAGAGAGGUAAAUGGAGUCAUGUGAUUUUCGAUCAUCCAUCGUCUUUCGAAACGAUUGCGAUGGAUGGUAAGAAAAAGAAAGAGAUUGUGGAUGAUCUUGUUACAUUUAGUAAAGGUAAGGACUAUUAUGCAAGAAUUGGUAAGCCUUGGAAGAGAGGCUAUUUGCUAUAUGGUCCUCCAGGAACUGGAAAAUCAUCCUUAGUUGCUGCUAUUGCUAAUUUUUUGAAGUAUGAUAUAUAUGAUAUUGAGUUAACUAAUGUGAAAACAAAUGCUGAGUUAAGGAAGCUUUUGAUCGGAAUCACGAGUAAGUCGGUUGUUGUUAUCGAAGAUAUCGAUUGUUCGCUUGAUCUAACCGGUCAGAGGAAGACAUCAUCUGAGAAUGGAAAUGAAAAAGAUGAAAAGAAUGAGAAAAAUGAGAUGAAUCAAGUUGUUGCUGCUUCCAUGAUUCAGUUAAAAGAUGAAGCAAAUAAGAAUAAAACGAGUCAGGUAACACUUUCUGGAUUGUUGAAUUUCAUUGAUGGGAUUUGGUCUGCUAGUACUGGUGAGAGAUUGAUUAUCUUCACUACUAACUAUGUUGACAAACUCGAUAAAGCGCUGAUUCGUCGAGGACGAAUGGACAUGCACAUUGAGUUAUCUUAUUGUUGUUUUGAUGGAUUCAAAAUGUUGGCUAUGAAUUACAUGAGUGUUGAAACACAUCCUUUGUUCGAGACGGUUCGAGGUCUGUUGGAAGAGAGCAAUAUCACACCUGCUGAUGUGGCUGAAAACUUGAUGCCUAAGGUAGCUAAUGAAGAUGUUGAAACAUCAUUGGAGAGGCUGAUUCAAGCACUUAGAAGCUCUAAGGAAGAAGCAAAGAAGAAGGCUGAGAAAGAAGAAAGCACUGAUGAAGAGGAUUCUGCAGAAGACAAGAAAAGCUUCCCUGAGAAAGAGAUUGAUAAUGGAAAAUCCUAA